GCGACCUUAGAGUGAAAAACAAGUUUGUGUUUUGAUCUGCCUUCAGUUUCCUCUGCCUACCAACGCUUAUGGAAAUUAUCAACAGCUUAAACAAGCUUUACUUUCAGAAAAAUUCAGAUAUUUUUACAUCAGACAAACAUGACCUGGUCAGAAACAGGAGAACACAGCACUGGGGCUUUCCACAGUCUUUUCAAUUUGAGAAAUCCACACAAAGAGAGGGAAAAUCAAAGAACCUGCAAAUCAGAGCCAUUUCUUAAACCAAAAAUGUCCCUAAUGGUGAUUUCAUAUUUCAAAUCUAAGAUCCAAAAAUCUCCCAAAGAGGAGAAAACAACAACAGACAACAACAAACAAAACCUACCACAGAAAAACCAAAACAAACCUGAGUGUGCUAGAAGUGAACAGAAGUCUGUAAAUGCAGGUGGUUUGAAGAUUCCCAGUAAAGUGUGGGAAAACCUCACAAGACCAUCAGCCAAAGUGAUUCUGGAUCCAAACACUGCAAAUCCCACUCUCAAGCUGUCUGAGGAUGGACGCUCUGUGAGAACAAAGACCCACAAAGAGUUUCAUUCCAGCCAGAGCUUCUAUGAAUAUCACAGAAAAAGUGCACAAAAGUAUAAUGGUUGGAUGUGUGUCCAAGCUAAAGAGGGCUACAGCACAGGCAAGCAUUACUGGGAAGUAGAUGUAAAAGGUAAAUGUGAUUGGAGAGUAGGAGUAGUGAAAGAGUCAGCUCCACGUUCUGGCUUUAUUAAUCUAAACACAGCAACAGGGUAUUGGACUCUGCGUCUGCAGUUAGGUUCUCUCAUAGCUCUGACUGAACCAAUCACCAAACUCAAUCAGGCACCACCUGCUAAGUUAGGUGUGCAUCUAGACGUGGAGGAAGGUCAGGUUUCAUUCUAUGAUGCGAUGACAAGGAAAAAGAUUUACACAUUUGACACAGAAUUCAGGAAUUGUGGGAAGAUUUACCCUGUUUUUGGAACCGUGGAGACAGAUAAACCCCUAAAGAUUAUCUAAACAUGACUUUCAAUUGGUUCAACUUUUGUCUCGUCAGUCUACAGAGUGUUUUCCCAAAAGUCUUGGGGAUCAUCAAGAUGUUUUCUGGCAAAACUGAGACGAGCCUUUAAGGUUUUCAGCAGCAGUUUUCGUCUUGGAACUCUGCCAUGCAGACCAUUUUUGCCCAUUCUCUUUCUUAUAGUGGAGUCAUGAACAUUGACUUUAACUGAGGCAAGUAAGGCCUGCAGUUCUUUGGAUGUUGUUGUGGGGUCUUUUGUGACAUCUUUGAUGAAUCGUUGCUGCGAUCUUGGGGUAAUUUUGGUCGGCCUGCCACUCCUGGGAAGGUUCCACCACUGUUCUAUGUUUUCGUUAUUUGUGGAUAAUGGCUCUCACUAUGUUUCGCAAAAGUCCCAAAGCUUUAGAAAUGGCUUUAUAAUCUUUUCCAGACUGAUAGAUCUCAAUUACUUUCAUUCUCAUUUGUUCCUGAAUUUCUUUGCAUAUCUACAGGGCUUUUCUCAAAAAUGCCAAAUCCCUGGACCAACAAACUCAAUUGUAUUUUUUAAAUGAGAUAAAUAUUAUAUAAAUAUAUGUUGCUCAGCCAAAUGCUGUAAAUUGUGUGGACUAAUUUUAAUGAGAUGAGGUUCACUAUACUCUACAUUCAUUUUAUUUAUAUAUAUAUAGUAGACCAGGUUACUUUAUUUGUAAAAGUAGAAGGUUUGCCAAAAGCAAAAACAAAAGAAUUAUAGAAACCAUAGGCAUAGAGCCUUUUCAGUUUUUAAUUGAAUUUUUCCAGUAAUAUUCACAUUUCCACUAAGAAAGAAACUGCACUUUGUAAAAUACUUACAUUUUUUAUUUUUCUACAUUUAUGUCUAAUCAUAAAUAUUUCAGAUGAUUAGUGGUGAAAAGUUUUUGUAUGUACUUUAUGUUUCAAACAAGGCUUUUUGAACUGAUUUCUAUUUCCAUCAAAUUCUAUGCUUGUGUGUUUCAGUGUAAUGUUGUUUUCAAGGGCUAUACAUUGGCUUUAUCUAGCUUUUAAUAAAAUUUAGCAAAUAUUCAAUGCACUUUACUCUAAAACAUGCACAACUUUUAAACUUUAUAUAUUGAACGCCUCUUUAUGCCAAUAUAUUGUUUAACUUUUAUUUUGUAUAAAUGAGCCCUCAGAACUUUGUAAAAUCAUUUUUUUUUCUAUGUAUAUGUUUAAUUAUUUUAAAUGAUUUAUGGUGAAAAGUUAUAUUAAAAAUAAUAUUGAAUGCA